AAAUAAAUAUCUUUAUUAUUUUUAAUUUUUAUAGCAAACAUACGAUGGAUUGUAUUUUUUAAAAAAUUUAGCUUUUUAACGUUUAUUAGAUCAUCUACAUGUAAGCCUGCCAAAGGUGAUGAAUGCCAGAAUUUAAAGAUGUCGGCAACGACUGUUCUACUAAAGAUUCGAAGAGCAAUCUGUUUCAAUAUAUAUAAACCCGCAAAGCCAUUAACCUUCAAUCCACAGAUUUCAUUGAGAACUAGAGAUUGAGAGGAGAAUGGCAAGUCAGUGUCCAGUUAAGAAUUCAUGGCCGGAGCUCGUCGGGACAAACGGGGACAUUGCAGCGGCUAUCAUAGAGACAAAGAAUGCAAAUGUGAAGGCAAUCGUGCUCAAGGAGGGAUUGCCUAUAACUCAGGAUUUAAAUUUCAACAGGUUCCGGGUUUUCGUGGAUGAAAAUCGGGUGGUCACUCAAGUUCCUGCCAUUGGCUAAACAACGAAUUUAUUACCUCAAUGGAGCAAAAAUUAUAUAAUAAAGAAGUAAUCGCAAAUAAAUAAUCUCUAUUCUUUA